CAAUGUAUUGUUACAUCCCUAGUUGUCGUACUGGUGCUGAUAACCUGACCUGUUCUGGAGGGAUAUAAAAGCAGCAGUUGACCACUUCAGUCUGCAGCUCAGCAGGGGAACAGGCUUGUCUUUAAACAGUCAGUGAGGGUGGGGAGUUUGAUGCCUGGGUAAGUUCACAUUUCAUUUGACACUGGAAAUGAAAAAGCUCAUGAAGCUGUGUUGGUAAGGUGUCAGUAUGAAGUUCAGAAACAUAAUGUCACUGUUUGUCUUAAAAUGAUGCCUUUCAGUGAAACAAAGAAGCUUAUUGUGGGGGGUUAGUGAUGAGAAAUGUUUUCAGUAUUAGUACACUGUGCUUGAUUUGUCACCUAAAACAAAAAUGAUAUUAAAUUCAAACAUCUCAACUUCAUCUCACUUUAUAUUUGGCGCUUAUUUGCAUCUUGGAAAUCUGAGAUAUCUCUACUUCAUGAUAACUGGUUUGCUUUAUGUUUGUAUAGUUACUGUCAACACAUCUCUGAUUGUGAUUAUCUGUAUGAACAGAAGUUUACAUGAACCUAUGUACCUGUUUCUGUGCAGCCUGUUUGUAAAUGAACUGUAUGGUAGUACAGGGUUGUUUCCAUUCCUUCUGCUUCAGAUCCUCUCUGACAUUCACACUGUUUCUGUUCCCUUUUGUUUCCUGCAGAUUUUCUGUGUGUAUACAUAUGGAAGUAUAGAAUUUUUAAACUUAGCCGUCAUGUCUUACGACAGAUACCUCGCUAUUUGUCAUCCUCUACAAUAUAACACACGAAUGACAUCAACUCAUGUCGCUGUUUUCAUUUUUGCGAUAUGGUUGUACUCUUUUGUGAAAUUCUUAAUUACUUUAUCCUUAAACAUCCGUUUGUCGCUUUGUGGAAACAUCAUAAACAGUUUGUAUUGUCAUAACUACCUUGUUGUGAAGUUGGCUUGUUCAGACACUGAGGUGAAUAAUAUCUACGGAUUGUUUGGUAUUGUUCUCACCGUCGUAGUCCCUCUGCUUCCAAUCCUUUUCUCUUACAUUAAAAUUCUUAGAGUUUGUUUUUCUGGUUCUAAACAGACCAGACAAAAAGCUGUCAGUACCUGCACACCUCACCUUGUGUCUCUGAUGAACUUUUCUUUUGGCUGCUGCUUUGAAAUCCUGCGGAGUAGAUUUGAUAUGACAGGUCUACCCAGUGUGCUACAAAUCAUUCUGUCUCUGUAUUUUCUUAUCAUACAGCCACUUCUGAAUCCUAUCAUGUAUGGAUUACAAAUGUCCAAAAUACGACAAACGUAUAAACAUCUCCUCUGUUAAAAAUGUUGACUGCUCAUAAAAAUA